GGCUCGCGGCGGGUGGGGCCACGAGGGCGGGUGUGCAGAUGCAGCCGCUGCGAAGCGGGAGCUGCUGGCGCGCGGUGCUGGCCCGGGCCCGCCGCGCGGUGCUUUUGGCGGGACCCCGCUGGGCCUCGGACGGCCCGGGUAACGCGCAGGAUCCCCCGGCCGGAGCCGGCGAGCUGCCGGGCGAGCUGGACCGAUUCGGGGGCGUCUCGGUGCGGCUGAACGCGCUGGACCACCUGGACCCCGCCGCCUUCAAGAGGGCCUUGCAGGCUGCAGUACAGAAAUGGAGAUCAGAAGGUAGAGUAGCCGUAUGGCUGCACAUUCCCAUCCUCCAAAGCCGCUUUAUUGCCCCUGCCGCUUCCCUGGGCUUCUGCUUUCACCACGCAGAAUCGGAUGCAUCCACACUGACCCUGUGGCUGGGAGAGGGGCCCAGCAGACUACCAGGCUACGCUACACAUCAAGUGGGAGUUGCAGGAGCUGUAUUUGAUGAAAAUACUAGAAAAAUAUUGGUUGUACAAGAUCGAAAUAAAUUGAAAAAUAUGUGGAAAUUUCCAGGAGGCCUGUCAGAGCCUGGAGAAGAUAUCGGAGAUACAGCAGUUCGAGAAGUUUUUGAAGAGACUGGUAUAAAAUCAGAAUUCAGGUCCCUCCUAAGUAUUCGGCAACAACACACCAAUCCCGGAGCUUUUGGGAAGUCAGACAUGUAUUUCAUCUGCCGCUUACAGCCAUAUUCAUUCACCAUAAAUUUUUGCCAGCAAGAAUGCUUAAGGUGUGAGUGGAUGGAUCUCAGUGACCUGGUCAAGACUGAAAACACAACUCCCAUCACCAGCAGAGUGGCUAGGCUGCUGCUGUACGGGUACAGAGAAGGGUUUGACAAGAUAGAUCUGACCAUGGAAGAACUUCCAGCAGUUUACACAGGCUUGUUCUAUAAACUCUAUCACAAGGAACUGCCAGACAAUUACAAAACUGUGACAGGAAUGUGUUAAAUUCAUAAGUAGUGGACAUUUGGAUUAAAUAUCUCACUUAAAUUUUCUAAUGUCUAUGAUUUCCAUGAAGAAAACUUGUGUGUGCACAUUUUAAAAGCCUCUUUUCAAAUGAAGCAAACGUUAUCAGAAAGAUUGUAGCUCUAAGUAAGCUUCACUGGAUAAAGGCAAAUGCUAUAUAAAAAAUGGAAAUCUAUAUAUUUUCCAGGAAUUUUUUUUAACUAAGGCAAUGAUUAAAUAUUUUACUAUUAUAUAAAAGGUUAUCUGGCCAGUUAUCCAAACUGAGCAGGUAGCUGUACACAUUUUUCUUCUUUCAUUAACAAAUUUCUAAAAUAUACCUCCUCUUUCAUGUGAAAUGAUCAGAUGCUGCCAUUAAGAUCAGCUCUUAGCAGACAUUGGAAGGAAAAGUAUAGCUUUCUGCCCAGGUCCUGUUUUGGGUCCAAGUUUGUACUGCCCAGUUCGUUUCAGUGCCACAUACCAACUGGAGUAUUUCCUUGACCGGUAAGUAUUGUAGUUAUUAGAUUCCAAUCGUUCAAAAAAGAAACACUCGUCUGUGACACAUUUCUGAAAAAUAAAGGAAAAAUCAGUA